UCCAAGUACAGGGAGGGAAUUGCGGUAUCUGAAUGCGGCAUCCACAAUGACCUCGCCCUUUGUUGUCACUAGAACCAGGUUGGAGAAGAAUGCCCCGUCGACCGCGAAGGACAAGAAACACGCAUGCAUGCACUGUGGCCGGCGCUUUAGACGUACGGAGCAUUUGGACAGGCAUAUGCGGAUUCAUACCAAGGAAAAGCCAUUUGUCUGUCAUUGUGGAGCGUCAUUUACUCGAAGGGACCUCCUCAAGCGCCAUGAACGUAUUUGCCAUUCUAGUCCGUCUGAAGUGGCUAAUUUCCAGGGGAAUUGUGGCCCCGAGCCGCCAGGAACCCAGGAAAUCAGCCCCGGGCCGAUAGUAGAGAUUGGAGAGGCAUCGAAGCCGCAACAAAUCACUAUACCGGAUCAGAUUUCACCCAUCUACGGGGAUAAUCAACACCAUCCCGGCGUGUAUGCCUCGUCACCCGGUUUUGGGGACUUCGAGGGUUUUGGUUAUUCCGAAGGACGUGAGUUCUCUGGAAAAAGCCCCGUUCCGUUCACACCCAGAGGAUCAAAUCAUUUUCAGGACUUUACAAGGUUCUUAGAUUCGCUCGGCUUUCCAAUGGAAUGGGCACCUAUUGACCCUAGCUUGCUUGAAAAUGAUGCUCCUGGAUGUGACAGCGUGUCCCAAAAUGAACCACUGCGACAACCGGUUACUCGUGCAAGUGAUACAAGCCAUUAUGGGCCGACUCGAAGUCGGCUUCCAUAUGUGCCCAACCCAGGGCAGGUGCUGGCUUCAAUUCCCGAAUUUGAGCACUCGCAUUCCCGAUGCAAAAUAGCUUCAUUAAUAGUGACAGAGGGCUUUCACACACACGUCCCAUGCAUUCACAUUCCCACAUUUUACUUGACCGAUCGCAUUCCAGAACUUAUCCUGGCCAUGAUGGCUGUUGGAGCUCAUUAUAAAUUAGAGCGGGCGGAGUGCGGAGAAUCUUUUCCACACGGCAAAAGACAUUGUUCUGGAGAGACUGUCCCUUCAUCCAGAAUCUAUUCAUACAAUACAAUACUGAUCCGUGGUGUCUGUAGGCACACAAAACCGCCAUAACCGCAGCCCGCAACAGCUCCGUCGCCCACAUCUUCUAUAUUUGAACUAUAUAUCUCUUGCC